GGGUUUUGUUGUCUCAUAAACUCCUAAAAUAUGGGAAACAAACCAUAAUCAACUUACAAAAGCCCAAAUAAUUCCAUAUUCAUUCCAAAUUUCAACUUUUCCACAAAACCCUCCUAUUCAAUAGGCCCCUUUUCGAGUUUGGGGUUCUUGUUUUUUGCUGUAAAAGUACCAAAGACAGGGUUUUUUUCGCUACAUUGCAUCUGGGUAUGGAGGAUUUGGACAAAAGCAAGCUUUUUUGUGGUGGGAUUCCGAGAGAUACGAGUGAUGAGAUGCUUAAGGACCAUUUUUCUAAGUAUGGAACUGUGGUUAGCUCUGUUAUUGCAAAGGACAGGGAAACUGGUAGACCUAGAGGGUUUGCUUUUGUUACCUUUUCUGACCCGUCUGCAGUUGAUUUAGCCCUACAAGAUACCCACGAAAUUCUUGGAAGAAUGGUAGAGGUGAAAAAAGCAAUACCCAGGAGUGAACAACACCAAAAUCAGCAACUGAGUAGUGGAGGUUUGAAUAGAAAUAGCAGAACUGAUGGUAGAAGCAAUGAUCAGUUUAGGACCAAGAAGAUUUUUGUAGGGGGGUUAUCAGCUAGCUUAAAUCAGGAAGAUUUCAAGAGUUACUUUGAAAGGUUUGGUACGAUUACAGAUGUUGUUGUGAUGCAUGACAACGUUACCCAUAGGCCAAGGGGAUUUGGUUUUAUUACCUUUGAUUCGGAGGAUGCAGUUGAGGAGGUUAUGCAGGAGUCUUUCCAUGAACUAGGUGGCAAGUUUGUGGAGGUCAAGAAGGCUAUACCAAAAGAUGGAAGUAACAAUAGUGGUAAUGGUUAUCAUUCUAGAAUAGGUAAUGGAAAUGGUUCUAACUAUAACAACAUUUAUCAGCGGGGUAUGUAUCCAUCUUACAGUCCUAGUUAUGUUUAUAGUCCCGGGCCUGUCUCGGGUUAUGGCAGUGUGGCAGAAUAUCCUUAUGGAGUUGGAACUUUCGGAGGUGGUUAUCCUAUUGGAGCAUACCCUGGAAUUGGUUAUGGUAUCACUUCUUUGAUGCCUAGGGGUCCUUGGAAUAACCCAACAAUGACUGGUUUGAGGGGAGGUCCAUUGCCUUAUGGCAAUACAGGAGGUUUUUAUCCCGCCUACAUUAAUAGUGGUGUCGGAGUAAUGAACAUGGCUACUAAUGGAUAUGGAGGAAUUUUGGGUGCUGGGAUUAAUGAGAAACCUGGUCAAGUUAGUGUUAGAGAUGCUCGAGAGGUGUCUGAUUAGGUGCCAAUACAAUUUAGAUGGGAACUGUAGAUAUCAAUUCUUUUAUUCUGCUGGAAGCUUCAAUGCUGCUGCUACCAAACAGAGUGAAGAGGUAAUGCAGUGCGACCUAACCCUUACUAUGCUGGCAAUUCUAACAGACUGCUUUGUGGUUUAAUGUAAAUAUGAUGACAAAGUUAGUAAUUCUCUUACUGAUCAAUGGAGGUUUUCUUCUGUCUUUUAUUUAUGACUCUUGCGUGUGAUGUGCUUUUUCUUUUCUAAACUCAUUUGCCCAGAUUCAGACAGCUGUAAUAUAUUCUUUCAAAGUUAAUAUGUCCC